AAAGAAUAUUCCGAAUGAAUGAAUUGUCACAUGACAGACGACACCACCUGUUGCGACACUGAUGCUCUCCUGAUGCUGAGAGGUUACGAUGUAUCCGGCAAUUACCAGGAUAUUUGUUGCCCUGCUUCUGUUGAUUUCUACAGUUGGAGCUUUAAAAGAAUUUCAAACACUGGAUCACCUUAAGCCAAAGGCAUCACAAGAAACACAGGCAGCGGCUGCACAGGCCUUGAUUGGACGUAUUGUUGGGAAAAGAGCCAAUGAGUUCAAAGCAGCCAUAUCAUCUACCUUAGGACCACAAAACAGAGACACUUUUCAGAUCAUCACAUCUGGACCCUAUGUCAAUAUUACUGGGACGACAGGUGUUGCUGUUGCAAUGGGACUGUAUUACUACUUGACCAAUCACUGUGGGUGUCAGUACACAUGGGCAGGGCAACAGAUGAACAUCCCAUCCCCCCUACCCAAGGUUCCUGCCCCAGGCAUCAAAGUGACUACCAAUGACAGGUUCCGGUACUACCAGAAUGUGUGUACAGUAGACUACUCGUUUGUGUGGUAUAACUGGACCGACUGGCAACAACAGUUGGACUGGAUGGCUCUACACGGAAUCAACAUGCCACUGGCCUUCACUGGACAGGAGGCCAUAUUUCAACGGGUCUACAUGAGAAUGGGAUUCACAAUGUAUGACAUACAGAGACAUUUUGGUGGCCCAGCCUUUCUUGCUUGGUCAAGAAUGGGUAACAUGCAUGGUUGGGGCGGACCACUACCUCAGUCCUGGAUUGAUCAGCAGUUGGUCCUACAACACAAGAUCCUUGACCGGGCCAGGGAGCUUGGAAUGAUUCCUGUCCUGCCAGGUUUUGCUGGACAUGUUCCUGAGGCUAUCACAUGGCUGUUUCCCGAGUCAAAUGUAUCCCGACUGCCUGACUGGGCAGGGUUCAAUGGAACCUACUGUUGCAACCUCCUCCUAGACUUUGAUGACCCGCUCUUCAAACAGAUUGGUGUGCAGUUCCUUAAGGAGAUGAUGAACGAGUUUGGUACAGACCAUAUCUACAAUAUUGACACCUUCAAUGAGAUGGACCCUAAAUCAAAUGCCCCAGAAUACCUGGCCAAGGCUUCCCGCACCAUUUAUGAAGUUGUUUUGGAUGCUGAUCCACAAGGAAUAUGGCUGAUGCAGGGAUGGUUGUUCCAGUCAGUAUGGUUCUGGAAACCUGAACAGAUAAAGGCCUACCUUACUGGUGUUCCAACGGGGAAAAUGAUUGUGUUAGAUUUGUACUCUGAAAUUGCUCCAAUAUUUACAACGACACAAUCUUACUACGGCCAGCCAUUUAUUUGGUGUAUGCUACACAACUUUGGGGGAUCGUCUGAAAUGUAUGGAGCGUUUCUCAACAUCAACAAUGGUCCAUUUGAUGGGCGGGCUUUCCCUAACAGUACCAUGGUUGGCAUCGGAAUCACACCAGAGGGCAUAUAUCAGAAUGAGGUCAUUUACGAGUUCUUUGCUGAAAACACCUGGAGAACUGAACCUAGAGAUGUAGGAAAAUGGGUAACUGAUUAUGCAACCAGAAGAUACGGAAAGUAUGACAAGUAUGUGGAUCUUGCCUGGCACUAUCUCAAGCUGAGUAUUUACAACUGCUCUGAUGGUCACCAUGACAACAAUCUCAACAUUAUUCCCACGGUCAGACCACGGUUAACUCCAAUGAUACACCAGGAUCUUUGGUAUGAGCCUGAAGACCUUUACAUAGCCUGGGAUAUCCUGGUUCUGGCUGCAGAUCAGUUCGUCAAUAAUACUCUGUUUAUGUAUGAUUUGGUGGAUGUGACUCGGAACAGUCUCCAGAUUCUCUCCCUAAGUUACUACCAGGACUUAGUGAAUGCCUACAAAGGGAAAGACCUCGCUUCAGUCACGACUAUAGGAGAUAAGUUAGUGGGGCUCUUGAAGGAUAUGGACACAGUCCUGGCCUCAGAUCCUCACUUCCUGAUGGGACGCUGGAUCGCAGCGGCCCAGGCCAAGUCUACCAACAUAGAUGAACGCUUUCUGUAUGAGUACAAUGCACGCAACCAGGUGACACUCUGGGGACCACGAGGGGAGAUUCUUGAUUAUGCCAAUAAGCAAUGGGCAGGUUUAAUAGAAAGGUAUUACAUGCCUCGCUGGGAGUUGUUUGUGGAAAACCUAAGGGGAUGCCUUUAUAAUAAGACAAGUUUUGAUCAGGCUCUCUUUGACCAAGUUGUGCUCAACAAAGUGGAGAUAUCUUUUACCUUUGACCUUACUCCAAUGGCGACGGAACCCAAAGGUGACUCGCUGGCAAUUGUCAAGGACAUUCACUUGAGAUAUCGACCUGAUGCUAGUCUUUCAGCUCUCAAGUUGCUAAGAACGAAAUCCUCUAAAACAGACAAACGUGAUUGGAUAGAGAGAAAGUAUGGUCGAAAAAUUGUCCCUGAUAACAGAGACAGAAAAUAUAGAAUGUAUCAGAAACCUGGAGUUUCUACAUCACGGAGAAAAAGUCUGUAUGGAUAAAUAAUACAUAAUUUGGUUGGAAAAUUGUGAUAUAUACUGAAGGGCAAAAUAAAGGAUCAAUUUUAAAAUAAAGAAAUUGUUUCCAAACAUAAUGUUUAUCGCCAAACCAAUGUCAUAUUGGUGGAAUCGCAUCAUGCAUUGUCAGGUUUCAAAAAUCCAAAAAUCGCAGUGAAUCUUUUUGAUGUUAGUUCAGAUAUUGGCUUCCAUACAUUUUAUACCCUGAGCGCAUGCAAAUUGCACAAGGUGCCCUCGGUAAGCUUCCCUUUCAAAGGCCGUUAGGUUUUAAUGUGUCAGCAUUAUGGCUAGCCCUUCAGUAGUGGGUGGAAAUCGUGCGAUUGGGAUGCUACAAGCCAGGACAACACAACGUAUUGUGGCACAUGUGAUAAAUUGUACAAGGUUUACGAUUAAGUGCCUUUUGAAGUGUUAUCAACGAGUAGGACAUGUCAACCAACUCUCUGGAGCGGGACGUCGAUGUGAAAUAGUGCCAUGUCUGGAUCAAGGCAUCCUUAAUCCAUGAAUAGCAUCGAAUCAAAACGACAGUUAGCGUUGUCCUUGAGAAAACGCUAUGGGUAGAAGCUAAUAGGAAUGACGGACACACAAGAUAUUGACGUCACAAGUGUAUUUUAACUGUGUACAGUUGUGACAUCAAAAUCACAUGAAAAAUUAAAUGACCCUUACUUUGUUCUGUAAGACUGUAUGCCUUUUUGGUACUUGACGGCAUUCCUGAUAGUGUAUAUUUACGAUUUAAAAUUGACUUUAUCAUGAUGAAAUAAAAUGAUUUGAUGCAUUUUUAUAAAGUGUAUACUUAAUUUUGCCGGUCAGUAUAUAAUAGCAUUGCAAUUUGUUUAGAGAGAGAGAUGAAUGACUUUAUAAUGGACCAUGUGUGAUAUUUUGAAAAAGAAGCCAUCACAUUCCUGUGUUAUGCUAACAUUUUUUGUGGUGUAGCAUGUGAAAUAUUUAAAUUACACAUUGGGCCUACCAGCAAGAAGAAAAAUCUGGGGACCAAACGU